AGCGCAUGGCGCAGCCGUCCCAGUCGGCUCGGCGUCCGCGCCGCGUGUUGGAGCGCGGGGGGGCGCGCUUCCACUGGGGGGCACACGAGCCCCGGUCGCGUUCCUCGCCCGAGGGGGGGACACGACCAUGCGACGCCUGACGGGCCGGCAGCCCGUCUCGCUGCUCGCGGGCCUCUGCCGUGCCGUCCCGGGCCGCCAGCCAGCGGCGCCCGUCGACCGCUGCUGACGGCGCUCGCGCCAACACGGCCACGUCGACGGCGGCACGCAUGACGCCGGACAACCCAGGCUCGAGUCCAGCCUUCUCGGAAGGCGACGAAGGAGGCGGAGGACGCAGGGUGGGCGGUGCAAGGCGGGUCUUCAAGUUCCGCAACCUGCGCAGCUUGGCCCGAACCCAACUGGGCCGAGCAGUGAACCGCGCCCGCGAACUCCGAGAAUCCGCGGAAGCUGGACUCGGGAUCUGUGGUUGGAUCCUCACCGUUCUGUCGUUCGUGAUUGUCGUGGCCACCUUUCCCUUCUCAUUGCUUUUUUGCAUCAAGGUCGUCCAGGAGUACGAACGCGCUGUUAUUUUCCGUUUGGGAAGGCUCCUGCAAGGGGGAUCGAAAGGGCCCGGUAUCUUUUUCAUUCUCCCCUGCAUCGAAAACUACACCAAGGUUGAUCUCAGGACGCUAACCUUUGAUGUUCCACCCCAAGAGGUGCUGACCAAGGACUCUGUGACCGUGUCGGUGGACGCAGUCGUGUACUACCGGGUGCACAAUGCGGCGGUGUCCGUCGCCAACGUGGAGAACGCCCACCACAGCACCCGCCUGCUCGCACAGACCACGCUGCGCAAUAUUCUGGGCACCCGGAACCUGCACGAGAUUCUCGCCGAUAGGGAGCAGAUAUCCAAUGCAAUGCAGAGCGCCCUGGACGAAUGCACCGAUGCUUGGGGCAUAAAGGUAGAGCGGGUGGAAAUCAAGGACGUGCGUUUACCGGUUCAACUGCAGAGAGCCAUGGCCGCCGAAGCUGAGGCUGCCAGAGAAGCACGAGCAAAGUUGAUUGCCGCCGAAGGAGAGCAGAAGUCGUCGCGAGCCCUGAAAGAGGCUGCGGACGUGAUGUCCCUAAGCCCAGCAGCCCUGCAGCUGCGCUACCUUCAGACACUGAAUACCAUUUCCGCCGAGAAGAAUUCCACCAUCAUCUUCCCGCUGCCCAUAGAUUUCCUCGCCUGCUUCAUGCCUGACAAGAAGAAGCACCGCGUCCUGGAUCCGGACCCGUAGUGGCGCGGCGUCCAUUCGAAUCGACCGAGAGGGAGAUCUUUGUCAACGCGUCGAACCGGUUCGUAUAGCCCGCUUAUGGCGGCUACAAUGGGUCGGGCCUGGGCUGCCCGCGACUCGUGUCCACCCGGCGAGGGUGGAGGAGUGCACCGGCGUCUGUUGCAUUGUUGUUGCUGCACGCGUGCUUGAAAGAAAAAUGCCAGGGAAGCGCCUUGGUACGCGUUGUUUUGCGAUGAGAGAGAGACAUGCUGUUGAAGUGUGGAUGAUCUGUUGAUUGUUGACAGGCGACGGGCUAUUUGCAUUCGCUCUCAUGUGUUCACAGGACGGAGGUUAAGGAAGAGCGGAAGUUGUUUUUGUUGACGUUAGCCGGAAUCACAUUUGUUUACACAGGUCUCUUUCUUGCCCAGUUGGAAAACGUGGGGCGCAAUGCACGCAUGCUUCAUUUCUGAACAAGCUUGUUUGAAGCUGCAUACAGAUUUCUAGAUGCGGAAGCUGUGAUAGCAUGAUAUGAACAUCAUAUCGAUUACAAUACGCCACCGUUCUACGGAAAGAACCGAAACUUCGAGUCAUUUAAGAAAUUAAUUGAACAUUUUUAACUAAUGUACCCACCUGCUAUUUAGCGACACACACAAAAAAAACCCAGAAGUAUACAGACAAGCCAGGCUAAGGAGAAAAAAAAUCGUACCUUUAAUCUUCCCGGAAUAGAUCGUGGAGCCGCUCGAUUAAAAAAAUGCAAUACUUGGCUCACAACGUUUGCGAACGGGAUCUCAUGCUGUUAUGUAUGCAUAGACAGAAAAAAUUGCUGGAAGGUUCAAAAGAAAAAAAUGCUCCACGAUCCAUUCAGACCAUACAUAUAAGGCUUUGGGUGAGUAAGCUUGAAGCAGUGCAAGAGUGGAAUUGUCACAAAACAAAAAGCAGCUGUAUAUACCUACGCGUUGAGCGAAGUGUAAUCAACAGCGAGAUCAUUGAUUUUGCAUUUUUAAGUAUUUUGAUGCAUAGCUUAAACACUAACGUAGCUUCAGCAUUAAUUAGCAGGUAUUUGUUGUGAUAGUUAAAGAAGCUGGAGCUGGUGCAAAUGGUCGCGCCACAAAUUACGAAAACAAUUUUUUUUUCAUUGAUCAUACGUUCAGAAAAAAAGUCGUUCAGUUUGAACUCUAGAAACGAGUUCCGGCGGGAUUAUGUUGCAUUUACGUCACAGAUAAGCUGCCCUCAUGAAAUGCCGAAGCGAAAUCUAUGCAUCGUUAUUUGAUGGGUGACUUGUCACUGGCAAUCCAUUCGUGUCUUUCUCUUCGAAGCACUUUCCUAGCAACGAUGUUAUCCACUCGCUUGUCCUCUUGUGCAAUCACGAGAGCAGGCAUGCACUUGGUCGCCACUAGCAUGAGCGCACCACACACACACUGCACGAGAGAGUGUGCAGUACCGCCUCGACGGUAGCCUUGGGGUAGCGGAGCCGAUGAUGACUGUCACGCAAGAAGCAUCCCGAAGGAAGUUUAGCUCUGGAGUAUGCGGGAAGACGGGGAUGGCCGAGGGGCGUAUGUAAAGAAAUAACAGAAGAAAGGGUCAGAAAAGGCGUCCUCCUCCCCCUCCAGCCCCCUACCGCUGAAGGUAGCGUCCGGCUGCUGAUACUGGAGCCCAAAUUCCCGGACUGCUCCGCGAGCGUUUCCGUGAAAUCGGCGGCAGUGGUGAGUGCCAUCCGAGCCCCUCCGUGGUCGGCGAGGCCAGUUGGGCAAAGCCGAUCCUUUGAACGCACGCGCAGUUUUCCUCUUCGGGCGGCGGCCGCGCUGCUAGGUGUGCGCGUGCCGCGCCUGCCCGCCGGCGCUGCCAGGCUGGUGGUCACUCUCUCAUACAUGGCGGUCUCGCACGCCGGCACGCUUGCUGCUUCGAGCACCAGCUGUUUAACCAUGGGCCAUCGGGGCGGGCAUGGUAAAAGGUUGCGCUGAGAGCAUGCCGUCUUACACUGUUAGCACUACAAGACAAGGGCGCUUCACGUCACAUUAUGACGCGAAUACGCUUUCAGACAGUGCCUGUGAGCUAGAGAGAGUAUAAACUUUUGUUAACAGAAACCCCCUCCCCGAUACUUAACGACCCGCCCCUCGCGGCGUAUCUUAAGCGAGCAGCUUGAUGUUCGCUGCCUUGGCCAACUGUGAAAGGACCAAAUUUGCGUGUUCGAGAGGCGUUUCAGCGUGAAUAUUUGGUUCGCAGUGUCUCGAAAUCACACUCCCACAUCAAACCGUUUUGGCUCAAGGUGCAAGCAUAUAUUAGACAAGAAAGAUCGCAUAUUCAACUAAAAAGGUAAACUUCCGCACACAACGAUAGCUUUUCUAUGCAGCGAUUUUCGUGAGCUUCAUUUAGAGUUUUCAAGCUUGUGCAAGAACGCAUGGGGUAUUCCGUAACUGUUUGUAUGUUUUUCCUCGUAGCGGCCAAGGUAACUGCAAUUUUUUAGGAAAAGCAAGUAACAAUACGCUUUCAUUAAACGGAUCGAAAUAGCAUGCUCAAUCUAAUUAAACCUUUCUGUCCGCUUAAUCAAAAUGUAUUGAGAGUAUGAUGCGACCACUCUGGCAGCGCUGGCCUUUACCUAACGUUCACUGUCCUCUGCUGCCCGUCGUCCAGAAAGGGAAGGCUCCUUUAUACAGCGCACAGUAUGAAGUGUCGUACAUGUGGCACUGCCACCGACAGAGUGCAAUGUCUUUUUCUAAGGAAUGUUAUGAGUGUAAAACUGAUUACACGUGCGGCGCAAUGAACUCUUGAGUCACUGGUGACAGCGGGCAGCGUGCACGUAAUAACCAUUAACAAGGUGGUCAUCACAAUAGAGAUGGCAUAAUUUAUUCGCCAAGGCUAAAUCAGUAUUUUCGUUGAGUAUUCGUAUAUAGUUGCUCGACAUGAUCGGCGGCCCUAUGUUUUCUUCCAACGCGCUUUUGGAAAAUGAAAAAAAAAAGAAAGAAUACAGUAUAUAGCCAAAACUGCUCAAAAUACAAGACCUGCGGCGCAGGCAUCCUAUUGGAUGCCUGCGCGAUGAAUUCACGAACACGUCUUGAGUUAAUGAGGCCAUACGAAUUUUCACUUCAGGUAAGCGUGAACCUCUCGCAACAGUUGUCGUGCCUGAGAGCUGCCAAUAUGCGAGAAGCAAUUCGCAACUAAUUUCUGCAACACCUUUUUGCAAGUUGCCGCGCGACGCCAGUGAUUCAGGUUAGAGCGAAUGGGACGCACAAACUGCCUGCUAUUUGCAGCACCAUCUAGGAGCAAAGGAACGUGCCAUGCGUGCCAGGAAGCAAUUUUGUUUCGCUGCUUCUUCGCAGCAGUCGUCGAAUUCUGACGGUCCUGCGACGAGCGAGCGUUUACACCCGACGCGAUCGCGCGCACCGCAUGCGCCCUCCGACUCCAGGAUCAGAAUAAUUUGUUGUUUUCCUGCGUUGACUGGUUGGCUGUAAACGAUCGCGAUCGUGUGCAUCAACGAUUGACGCGAUGCAUAAACUCUACUUGCAGGGGAGAAAGUGAAAGGAAAAAAAAAAUUACACGCGAUAACUUUCGUAGUCGAACGCGUGGAGUAACUUUUGUAAACCUAUAGCGUUUAGGUAUGAGCUAUAUCUUCGAGAGUUAAUCCAAUAGCAUAGAUUAAUCUGUUGCAACCGCAGUAUGUUACCUUGUUGGACCACCUAGGAUUAUUUAAAGAUUGGCGAAGUCUCGGAGAGCAUUCUUUUUUAUUCGUAUGUGAAGGGCAAGCUGUCACGUGCAUUUGCCAAAGCUAUAUAUAUAUAUAUAUAUAUAUAUAGGCGCCUCAACUGUCUGAGCUAUAGUGUUACAUUACUCUCGUUCUUGGCAACAUUGCUACGGCUAUAGGAACUUUUGAUUGAAGCACUCAAAACUUUCAAGCACAGCCAUUCCAACAGUAGCCUAAACCUCGAUGUUUCUGUUUCUGUGUAGUCGGGGAAGUCGGUUCCUCUGUGAAGGUAUAGGCACAAUCGCUUCAAAACAAACACUUACAAGGAGGCUGUGCAUGGCCGAAAUUAUUAGGUAGGUUCACCAGGCAUCGGUUACGAACCGAUGCCUGCUGAACUUACCUACUUCAGUAAAACAGGUGUUUUAUGUUAAAUUACGUGAUACUGACAGCUUUAGCCCUUCAUGAUCAGAAUAUUCAAGGCUAGUUGUUACGUUAGCACUAUAGGCGUAAGUUGCUUCACGUCUCAACAAUGGGUGUGGUAUCCUAUAGAUGGACGCCGAAACAGAUGCAAUAGAAAAAAAAUGCUUAUUCAAAGUAUCGCAUUCUCACCUGCAUUUAAAAGCGCGAUGUUAUCGAGGUUUGUCGAAUGGUAAUGUUUUGUUCUUGCUCUUAAUCUGACGUCAGACUUGUCUUUGGACAAAAAGAACAACAUUUUGUUUCAUUAUUCCGUUGAUUAAGUGUUCAUAUUGUCACCGCUUUAUUUAUUAUAUUGGUGUAUGUCUCGUUCUUUAUUCCUGCGAAAUUGUGCAUAAAUGCACACGACCACAUAUUUAUCAGCUCACUGCUUCAUAUAUUUAUUUGAUAGAUUCUCUAGUUUAUGCAGUCAGCAACAGGCAUAAGGAUAGAAGUACCAGACAGCAAAUAAUCCAUACCGACAGGUCCCCUAAUGCAUUAUGCUGUAGCGACAGUUUUUUUGUGACGCGCGUGUCUGUCUGUAAUGAGAGCACGGAUAUUUCUCUCUGAUUGUCCGUAGUUUGUAAGUAUAUCUACCUGCUUGUCAUAUUGCACGUAAGCAGCUUAUUACUACGCGCACGGGAAAAUAAUAAUAAACAAAUAAAUCUAUCUAACAGUUUCUAGGCAAAGCCGCUGGUAACCUUGAAAAGUAUUUUUGUAGUCCAACAUAUCCAUGAAUUAACCUUGCUGCAUUUAUUCCGCGUUUCUUAGCCGAGACAAUUAAAAACGACAGCAUCGAGAAUGCUUCAGCGCUAUCUGCGAUAAAAUCUAAUAUUUCAUUCGUGUGACACAUUGCGCGCGAACACAAAGCAAUAGUGCAUCAACGACUAUAAAAAACUCUGUAAUUGGGCAGCGAAUAUUCAGCUUUGCACGUAAUACUUGUUUGGAGCUGGCGUUCAACAAUUUCCGCUAGUCAAGAAAAAAGAAAAGGCGAACCUCUCGCCGUAUAAAAAAAAGUUACUCGAUGCAACCAGGAAGCUGCCGUCGCAGGACGGUUCACAAAUAAUUCAUCCUAAUUUACCGUUGGAGUGAUAAGAGCUUCAAAUCGGCGCAAAAGUGUGCUCGUGUGGUGUUAAAAAAAGGAGGCGAAACACGAAAAAGAGUGACGGAAUACCAGGAGAGUUACGCGAGACCUAGAUGGUGUGCAGCAUUGUCGUUUGUGUGAAACACACUCGUACACGCAACAAAGACAGUGUGUGCAACUGUAUAUACAGAUGGCACCACAUCGACAUCGUUCACUUUUCUUGAUAUGCAAGUAGAGCUACGCCCUCUCUGUGGAAAGAGGAGAGUAGCGGAGAGAUGAUUCCUUUUUCCUUUGGCGUAAUGCUUGAUUCCUGCGCUUCGGAGACAUUCCUGUGCAGCGUUACCUGUGUAGCACCAGCUGCUGCUGCUGUUUACCCGUAUGUGUUGUUUGCAUUUGACGAUGUACGCACCCAUCCUUGCCCGAGUGUCUGCUUAUGUACAAUGUUUAUAGACCUGGGAAAUAAAUUCAAGUUUGAUUGUG